CUCUUAUGAUUUUGACACUUCAUUUUAUACAUCCAUAUGGCCUACGGUCGUCCGCUGCUACACAUAGGUCUCCCCCAUCGAACGCCAUAAUGACUGGUCCUGAGCCGUCUACAUCCAUCGUUUCGACAUCCAAACUCUAAUACUGUUUCUGUGUACAGGUAUUUGCGUUGCGUAAACGAGCAUAUGCGCGACAUCCAGCCUUUCGAGGACGUGCCGCACAAGCUGUCAGUGCAGCUGCGGCGAGCCUUUGUAGCCACGCGUACCUUCCACAAGGCGCUGCGUGCCGGCGCGGAUGUCGUGCGCAAUAUGAUGCAGGUGGAGCUGAGCAGCGAGUGCGGCGCGGCGUGGGCGCGGCUGCGAUGGUGCGGCGCGUGCGGCGGUGUUACAGCGCCUGCAUGCUCGCGUUACUGCCACAACGUGCUGCGCGGCUGUCUGCACGCGCACGCAGACCUCGCCGACCUCUGGGACGCAUACGUUGAUUCCGUAGAGAAGGUGGCCGAUCGUCUACAAGGGCCCUUCAACAUAGCGAUGGUGGUGGAGCCUAUCGACAUAAAGAUAUCUGAGGCGAUCAUGAGCUUCCAGGAGCACAACCAGGAGAUAUCGCAGAAGAUCUUCGCGGGCUGCGGGAAGCCCAAUCUGGGUGGCGACGGCGGUGCGGGACCGUUCUUCGCCCCGGACAGGUCGCGGCGUUUCGCCCGCUCCAUUCCGGAUUUUGACUGGAACCAGAAGGCCAACGACGUGGACGACUUCGAGAUAGAGGCGUCCUUCGAGAGUUUAGUCAACAACGACCCUUCGCUUGUAAGCCUCCAGAGUCCCGAGAGCAUCAGGAAGGCGGCGGAGGAGAUGGGCGAGCAGGCCAAAUCUCGAGAACGCUUCCUCCAGUACAUGAGAGGGCACAUAGACCUGGAGGAGUACGAGGAGCACGAGCGGCGGCGGCGCGAGGCGGGGCCCGACGCUGCGGGCGGAGAUAUCUACAUGAAGCCCUUCGACUUCGAAGGCAAACGCGGCUCUAAGAAGAAGAAGCCCAUCGCCACCAAAUCUGAUGAUGUACACGGUGCGGAGUGGGGCAGUCCAGUGCUGGAGCGGCUG